AUGCACGACACUCUAAUAACCACGCGCGCCGUGUGCAGGCGCAGAAUGAAGCUGCACGAGUACACUGGCCAGUGUUUGAGCGCUCACCUGCAGCAGCUGAAAUCGCAGCGGGCGCAGCAGGUGUUGCAGCAACCGCUGCAGUUGCAGCAGCCGCUGCAGGUGUCGCGGCAGCCGCUGCAGGUGUCGCAGCAGCCGCUGCAGGUGUCGCAGCAGCCGCUGCCGGUGUCGCAGCAGCCGCUGCAGGUGUCGCAGCAGCCGCUGCAGGUGUUGCAGCAGCCGCUGCAGGUGCAGCAGCAGCAGCAGGUGCAGCAGCACCUGCAGCAGCUGCUGCAGCAGCUGCUGCAGCAGCUGCUGCAGCAGCAGCAGCAGCAGCAGCAGCAGCAGCAGCAGCAGCAGCAGCAGCAGCAGCAGCAGCAGCAGCAGCAGCAGCAGCAGCAGCAGCAGCAGCAGCAGCAGCAGCGCGGACCGUACCAGCCUGUGCGGGUGGCCGGCCGCGACUGCGGCGUCGGGCCCGCGAACUACUCUGAGAUGCCCGCGGCCCAGCUGGCGGCCUGCCUGCAGGACCACGCGCACGCGUUCCAAAUCGUCUGCGGCGCCCCCGGCGCCGCGCUCAGCAAGGCCCAGGCCUGCGAUUACAUGGACGGCCUGCGGCGCUGCGCCGUCAUGCGCCAGGCCUGCAGCGCAGCAUGCGGCAAGCGGUGCGAGGCGUGCUCGUGCGUCGUGGGGGGCGAGGCGUUCGUG